AUGUUUAAGUUUACGGUUCCAAUUCUUAUUUUGCUGGCCAGUGCGAAGAUUGGAUGGACUCGCGAAAAGUUCACCAUACAAGUAAAUGAAGACAAUGCCGUUGGUGCUGUCCUAAAGUCGGAACCCUUCGUAAAAAUUAACGAGGGUUAUUACUUUUUUGGGACCGAGUCCUUGAACUGGUUCGAGGCCUACGAGAAAUGCCGGGAGCUGGAUUCUGAGUUGGUAACUUUCGAAACAGACCAGGAGUUCGAUGUCGUCGCCGCUUACUUGAUGGCCAAUGAUUCGCGCCAAAACUACUGGACAUCCGGAAACGAUCUGGCCAAAACAGGAACCCACAAAUGGUUCACUAGUGGCCAGCGAAUUAGUACUCUUAGAUGGGCAUCCGGGCAGCCCGAUAAUGCCGGUUCAAGGGAACACUGCAUCCACCUGGGCUUCAUCUACGGCAACUCCCAGAAGUUCGAACUAAACGAUCGUCCCUGCCACCAGGAUAGCAACAGUUUGUUCAAGUAUAUAUGCGAAGCUCCCAAAUUGGAAACCAUAUCCAUUGUGGUGUGGAAGUAAAGACGGAAGCUUUUGAAGCUUUUCCCUAAAGAGG